AUGAAGCUGUGCGGAAGUUUUCUCGAGAAUGAGUUCCGAGGGCAGCUGCUGAACCAGAGGUGGACGCGAGGGGACCGAGACAGCAGCGGAGACACCAAGAGGACGCGGCGAGCCAAGAUGAGUCAGGAUGCAGAUGAGAAGAGGACGCGGACGCGCUCCAAGGGCAUCAGAGUACCCCUGGAGCUUACAAGUACACAAGAGGGAAGAUAUGAAAGCUGCCCCAUCCCCGGGUGCGAUGGCCUGGGACACGUGAGUGGGAAGUAUGCGCGGCACAGAAGUGUGCUGGGCUGCCCAUUGGCUAAGAAGAGGAAGCAGGAAGCCGAAGCAGACGAGCUCCAGCAACAGCAGCAGCAGCAACAGCAGCAGCCGGCCCCCAAGAAGAAAGCCAACCCCCUGAAGCUGGCCAUGGACGACGGCUUCAACGCAGACAGCGACGCCAGCAGCGAAGCGGAGAACAAGGAGGAAGGGGCCGAGUCAGACGAGGAGGCCAUCACAGAGAAGGACACAGACGCCACCACAGACGCCGAGAAACAGAACACAGAACAGCAACAACAACAAGAUGAAAACACAGCAGCUAGUCCUAAAGACAAAGAGGCAGAGGCCACAGCGUCCCAGUCCCCAUCUCCGUCCCCAUCUCCGUCCCCAGAGUCACAACAGUCGCAGGAGGAGGAGGUCACGCCCAUCCAGCCCGUUACCAUGGAGGCAGACAGCGAGGAGGCAGCACUCCAGGUUGCCGAGGAGAUCCAGGCCGGAGAGGAGGAGGACGAGGAGGUGGACGAGGAGAUGAGCGAACAGGAGCAGAUGCGGGAACAGCUGAAGAAUGCCGCCACCGCCGCCGUUCCACAGACGACAACGCAAGGCCACGACGAGGAAGAGGAGGAUGAGAACGACGAAGAGGAAGGAGAGGAGGGGGAGGAGGAGAGGGAGUGCAUGGGCGCACAGAAGAACAACUCGGACCACCAGUACUUCAGCGGGAACUAUCAGAGACUGGCCACCAAAGAUGCCCAGAAGGAGGAAGUAGAGGCGGAGGAAGAGGAGGAGGAGGAAGAGGAUGAGGAAGAGGAGGAGGAGAUGGAGAUAGAGGAUCAGGCUAUUGCACAGGCCGUCGCUCCUGCUAACGACGCUCAGCAGGUGCUCUCCUCCGAGGAGAUACCACAGGAGGAGGAGGAGGACGAAGAAGAAGAGGAGGAAGAAGAAGAGGAGGAGGAGGACGAAGAACAAGACCUCCACGACUCCAACAAGGCCUCGCCCACCACCAUGGUCAUCGAGCUGCGCUCCGAGGAGGAGGACGAGGAGGAGGAAGAGGAGGAGGAACUGGAGCUGGCCGAAGAAGGAGGCGAAGAAGAGAUGGACGACGACGACAUCGACGAAGAAGAGGAAGAAGAGGAGGAGGAGGAGGAGGAAGUGGACAGCAUCUCGCACAGGUCGGAGAUCACGGACGAGUCAGAGACGACGUUCGACAUGACAAAGGGCAACCUGGGGCUGCUGGAGCAGGCCAUCGCCCUGAAGGCGGAGCAGGUGGAGCGCGCGGCCGAGGAGAGCUGCUCCUCCGAACCCCUUUCCUACCACAGCCAGGAUGACAGGUCCAGCAAGGCCAGCGACAGCACGCCCCGCAGGCCCUUCUACAGCAAAGACGGCUCUAGGUCUGAGAAGAAGGAGGUGAAGUGCCCCACUCCCGGGUGCGAUGGGACGGGUCACGUGACCGGGCUGUACCCCCACCACCGCAGCCUGUCCGGGUGCCCCCACAAGGACAGGAUCCCGCCCGAGAUCUUGGCCAUGCAUGAAAACGUUCUGAAGUGUCCGACGCCAGGCUGCAAUGGCCAGGGACACGUCAACAGCAACCGCAACACCCAUCGAAGCCUGUCCGGAUGCCCCAUCGCAGCCCAGAGGAAACUGGACAAGACGCACGACAAGCCGGUACUCGUGCAGCCCUCCGUGAGCGAACCAGCCAUUGCAGGAGGACACUCAGAUAGAGUGCUGAGGCCGAUGUGCUUCGUGAAGCAGCUGGAGAUCCCGCAGUACGGCAGCUACCGUCCCAACGUGGUGCCCGCCACGCCGCGCGCCAACCUGGCCAAGGAGCUGGAGAAGUACUCCAAGGUCUCCUUCGACUAUGCAAGCUUCGACGUGCAAGUGUUUGGCAAGCCCAACGCUCGAACGCUCGCCCCAAAGAUGCCCCAGACCACCAGCGAAACCUCACCCAAAGCCUUCAAAUCCAAGCCGUUCCCCAAGGCCCCAUCCCCCAGCCACAGCCUAUCGGGCGGCUAUGCCAAGAGCAGCUCCUCCUCCUCCUCCAGCGGCUACGACUACUCCCACGACGCAGAGGCCGCGCACAUGGCCGCCACCGCCAUCUUGAACCUAUCCACACGCUGCUGGGAGCGCCCCGAGAACCUCAGCAUCAAGACGCAGGACCAGCCUCCCAAGGACAACAUGGACAUUGAGGUGGACGAGAACGGGACCCUGGACCUGAGCAUGAAGAAGCCCAAGAGGGAAGGAGUGCAGUCCCCGGACCCUUCCUCUUCCUCCUCCUCCUCGUCACAGCAACAGGGCGGCGUCACCUCUCCUCACUCCGCCCACGCCUACAAGCAGGAGGAAUGGGAGGGGCCUCUGGACUACACCAAGCCCACCCAUCCCAAGGAGGAGGAGCAAGAUGAGCCGGAGCACAGCACCCAGUCGUACGCCUCGUCUGAGGGAGAGGAAGACGACGGCACCCAGGAGAGCCUGGAGGACAGGAAGUACCCUGGAGAGGUCACAACCUCCAGCUUCAACAAGGUCAAGUUCGUUCCCAAGGUCGACAAGAAGGAUCUGCUCUUAUGUCCCACACCAGGUUGUGACGGCAGUGGUCACAUAACAGGGAACUAUGCAUCACACCGCAGUCUGUCUGGCUGCCCUCUUGCUGACAAGUCUCUGCGGACCCUCAUGGCUGCUCACACUCCUGAACUGAAGUGUCCCACUCCAGGUUGUGAUGGAUCUGGACACAUCACAGGAAACUACGCCUCUCACAGAAGUUUAUCUGGUUGCCCACGUGCCAAAAAAGGAGGAAUAAAAACAACCCCCACAAAAGAUGACAAAGAAGACUCAGAGCUCUUGAAAUGCCCAGUGCCCGGCUGCGACAGCAUGGGCCACAUCAGUGGCAAGUAUGCCACCCACCGGAGUGCCUACGGGUGCCCGCUGGCCGCCAAGCGCCAGAAGGAGGGCAUGCUGAACGGGACCCCCUUCUCCUGGAAGGCCUUCAAGACCGAGGGCCCCACCUGCCCCACGCCGGGCUGCGACGGCUCCGGACAUGCCAACGGAAGCUUCCUCACACACCGCAGUUUAUCGGGCUGUCCCAGGGCAUCGGCCAAUAAGAAGAGAGCAAAGUUGCCUGGAGACGACUACAUCAGCAAGAAAUUCAGAGCCAGCGAUGUUCUGGACAACGAUGAGGACAUCAAGCAGUUGAAUCAGGAGAUUAAUGAGCUGAGCGAGUCCAACUGUGAGAUGGAGGCGGACAUGGCCAACCUGCACACACAGAUCUCGUCGAUGGAGAAGAACCUGAAGAGCAUGGAGGAGGAGAACAAGCUGAUCGAGGAGAGGAACGAGGCUCUCUUCAUGGAGCUGUCCGGCCUCAGCCAGGCCCUCAUCCGCAGCCUGGCACACAUACGCAUCCCACACAUGAAGGAGCCCAUGUCCGAACAGAACUUUGACUCCUACGUGGACACGCUCACACACAUGUUCAGCAACAAGGAGUGCUACCAGAACCCGGAGAACCGGGCCCUGCUGGAGUCCAUCAACCAGGCGGUCAAGGGCAUCGAGGUGUGAGGAGCAGAACACCAGAACACCGGAUCACCGGAAGGCGGAAAGUAGUCGGAACAGGUGGAACAAUCCGGAAAGGAAAGGGAAGAUGACUGUGGAUCAGCUGUGGAUGGCAAGCACAGGAAGGGACAGUAGAAGAAAGAAAGGAGA